GUUUUUUUGUUGAUAAUACCCGGUAAAAAGUAGCUAGAAUGGACGAAACAUUCUCAGUAAAUCUAAAAGAAGUGAAACAUGAUCUGAUUCUGGGUAUUGUUGAGUGCAACAAGCGAGGGCUGAUACAAAGCGCUAAAUGGCUGUCCGAACUGAAUCACGGUUUGUCGGAUGUGCAGGCGAACUUUACCGGGAAAUCGUUCGAAAACCUGCACAACGGCAUCGCCGAAGAAGAGUACGACAAUUAUGUGCUGGCAAAGAGUUAUUUCGAUAUGCGAGAAUACGACCGGUCGGCUUACUUUACGAGCAGCUGCAGUUCGCCGGUUCCCAAAUUUCUGCACAUUUAUGCCACCUAUCAGUCCAAGGAGAAGAAGCGGUUGGACAACAUGAGCGAUAAUUCGAUUGUAAAUUCAAACAGUCAUGUGAAGGAUUUCUCCGAGCUGUUGACGUCUUUACGAACGGACCACGGACAACGGAAGCUGGAUGGAUACUGUCUGUACUUGUAUGGGGUUAUUUUGAAAAAGCUCGAUUUGAAUCAAAUGGCGGUACAGAUUUUCGUUGAAGCUAUAGCCGCUGCUCCGACGAUGUGGGGUGCAUGGUUGGAGCUUGCUCCGUUGGUUACGGACAAAAAUAUGCUUCAAAAUUUAAACUUGCCCAAUCAUUGGAUGAAGCAGAUCUUCGUUGGUUACACGAAUAUUGAGCUCUUUCUGAACGAUGAAGGGAUCAAAAUAUUUGAAAAUUUGCAAUUGGCAGGAUUCGGAAAAUGUAUUUUUAUUCCGACUCAACUAGCAAUAGCGUAUUCCAACAAGCGAGAUGUGGACAAAUCGAUUGAGAUAUUUCAGCACCUGCACGAAGUGGAUCCGUUUCGGUUGGACAACUUGGAUUCGUACUCAAAUCUGCUGUUUGUGAAAGAUAUGAAAACCGAAAUGGCACACCUGGCUCAUAAGGCAGUGGACAUAAACAAGUACAGCUCGGAAACGUGCUGUGUCGUGGGCAAUUAUUAUAGUAUCCGCGCGGAUCAUCACAAGGCGGUGGUAUAUUUUCAGAGAGCACUGAAACUGAACCCAAGAUACCUGUCUGCUUGGACACUGAUGGGUCAUGAAUUUAUGGAGAUGAAGAAUACUAAUGCCGCUAUUCAGAGUUACCGUCAAGCAGUGGAGGUAAAUAGAAGAGAUUUCCGAGCCUGGUACGGUCUUGGACAAGCGUACGAAAUUCUCAAGAUGCCAUUCUAUAGCUUACAUUACUACAAAGCAGCUCAGCAGUUGCGUCCUUACGAUAGUCGCAUGUUGGUUGCUCUGGGAGAAACCUAUGAAAAACUGGACAAACCCGCUAACGCGCUGAAAUGUUACCAAAAGGCAUACAACGUUGGCGAUAUCGAAGGAGUUGCGCUCUACAAUCUGGCUCGGUUGUACGAAAAGCAGGAUGAAAUCGAUAAAGCCAUUCCUGCCCUGCUGAGAUUUUGCUCGGACGAGAAAACAGUCGCAGAUAAAAGCUCUCUUUGUCACGCCUACAUGACGCUGGGCAAUUUCUACGAAAAGAAUGAACAAUUCGAUAAAGCCUCGCAUUUUGCGUACAAAUGUCUGGAACAUGAGGAAACGAAACGGGAAGCGGAAGCACUUUUGAAAACAAUUGCUAACAAACGAUCGCUAAAGGCUGCUGCUGCUGCGGCAAGAUCUGGCUCAGCGGCCACCGGUAAGGCGAAGAUUUCCGAAAUUGACUUGGAAGAGGUAGAAAUGGAUGAAAGCAACGUAAGCAGAAUGGUGGAUCUUGUGUUUACGCAAGAUGAUAUUUCCGUGUUUACCCAAGACGAGCUACAACUGGAGCAAGCAGCAGAACUGGAGAACUCGUCGUUGUCCAUUAUUAUGGAAGAUGGAUCAAAUGAAUAA